CGCCCAAGGGAAGUUCUUGACGCCUGCUCGGUCGUCCCUCCCUCCGUGUGGCGAUUGGCGAACGGAGACGGAGGCGGAGUCCCCCUCUCUCUCCGAGCUCCUCUUAUCUCUCCUCCGAUUCCUCCUCUUUUUUUAAGAAAUUUGAAGCCUCCGAUUCCUCCUCUUCAUCGAUCACCGACUCCGACCAUCGUCGACUGCCCUCCGGCACAGGCAGGCAGUGACUUUCCUCGAUCGCAAUUCUUCACCCACCCGAUCCAUUCGAUUUGAUUCAAUUCCAUGGCCGGCUGGAUCAAUUCCACCGGCACCGGCAGCGGUGGCGGCCGAGGAGCUGGAGGAGGAGGCUUCACAAACCGCCGAUAUACCAGUGACGUCAUCCACGGCGGCGGCGGCAGGUGGAGAGGAGAGAGGUCAAGGGGGAGGCCACCCCCGCAGCCUCACUAUCGCUACCGCCCUGUCGAUGCCGCUCAUCGCCACUCACCGCCCUCCUCCGGACCCGUCCUAUCUGAACAGGCAGCCUCCUCCACUUCCACCCGCCACGCACAAAUAACUCAUCCAACCUCAACCGCCUCCGGAAUCGCGGCUCCUGCCAGUACCAAGGAGCCCGACGACAAGGCUAGCCGCAACGCCGCCAACUUCGAGUGCAACGUCUGCUUCGACAUGGCCGCUGAACCUGUCGUCACCAAGUGCGGCCAUCUCUUCUGCUGGGAGUGCCUCUAUCAGUGGCUCCAUGUCCACUCGCACCACCGUGAGUGCCCUGUCUGCAAGGGCCAGGUCGUCGACGAUGCCAUCAUACCCAUCUAUGGACGUGGUGGCUCUGCAGCCUCCAUGGACAACGCCCCGCCACGGCCCACUGGGGCCAGAGUCGAGAGCUCCAGGCAGCAGCAACAGCACCAGCUGCGUACUUUCCCUCACCCCAUGGUGUAUAUGGAUGAUCAAGAAGGCGACCCCUUUGAUUUGCAAGGCAUGAUGAAUUUUGGCUUUGAAGCUACCUCACUCAGAGAUGCUGUCAUGAGGUUCAUGCCUCCCAACUUUGAUGACAUGGAGAUGGAAGACCAAUAUGAUGACUACUCCUAUGAAUACGACCCCACCGACUCUGAUGAGGUCCACGACUACCAUUUGCUGGGUUUUCCGGUGUUUGCGUCUACUGGGGCUGAGGCUGGUAACCCCAGCUCCUCACAGGCACAUGCUGAUUUGAGCAACCUUACGGACAACAUCGUUGGCACUGCCACUGGUGUCUAUCAUCACCAAGAGUUUGGCUACACUGGUGCAAACACUCAUAACCGGGGACGGCAUGGCCGCCGUCAUCGCACAAGGGCAAGAUCAUCAGCAGAUCACUCAAGCACCGAUGGAAUGCUGAUGGGGGGCAGCGGUGCUUUUUACCGUGGCAAUAGUGCCAGUUCUAAUGUUAGUGCAGGCGCUUCUUCUCGGCCUAAUGGUGGCUGGGCUGAGAGAAGAGGCAGAAGCAGCCGGAAUUCAAAUCCAGCCGGUGGAAGAGGGGUGCAGGAUAGCAGGAGACAGAGGCCAGAUUACAACUGAUAGGUGAUAUUCGGCCAGGCGAGAUGAUAGCAGUGUUGAGAUAAACAAACAAACAAACUUGUCAAUCCUUCUCUCUCUCUCUCUCUCUCUCUCUCUCUCUCUCUCUCUCUCUCUCUCUCUCUCUCUCUCCUGAUGGAAAGUACCAAUGAAUGUGAUAGACUAGCUGAAAUGCUCUACUUGGUUGAUGCUAAUACCGUCUUCUACAUCUGAUGCAUACAUUCAGAAACUUAUGACAUUAGCUCUGCAUUGGACUAGUUAGUUACAGCAGUAGGGAGUCUUGUUAAGUUGGUUCUGCAGACAGAUGUUGGUUGAGAUGGCAACCAGCAGUGGUGCUUUCAGAAAAAGGCGCUCGCUUUCUUGUGGUGGUUGGAUGGAAAUCGGAGCCAGGAUUUUCAAUUUUGUGGUUGCUUUCUAAA